UCCUUUAACUUUUAUUGAGUAGUUUGGGGUGUGCGUGUGUUAAAUUUAGAGGUCGGGUAUCGAUUAUCUUUCUCGCUGGUGGAUCUUUGACAUCGGGGCUCUUUGGAUAACAGGUGCUGGGUGUUUUUAGUCCAGAAUAAAGGCGGAUAUCGUGAUGUUAGUGCAACUCCGGCGCUUCGGCUACAAUAAAACAAGCGACUGACAGGAUCGGAGGCGUUCUUACGCAUGUGUCCGUGGUGUUACAGUAGGAUACCACGUUCAGACCUGCCUUUUGCAAAGUUUAUACGAUUGUUAUUGAGAUCGUGUGGCGGACAGAUACGCCGAAUACUCCACGUUCGGUAUAACGAGGCGAGACGAGCGCUUCUUCCCCCCCUUUUGUGGCUUUGCGGUGCGGAUAUGGUGUUGCCCUUCCAGGAGCCCGAUCCCUAUGACAUGUCCGCUUUGAGCUCGUUUCUAGUCGAGGGGUCCGGGUUAAUGUUUUCCACCACUUCCGCGACUCCUCGUUUCACCCUCCAACCCUCAAAUAUCUGAUCCGAAGAGAUCAUAUGGAUGCACCGCAGCGCUCAAAGCCAGUUUUUAAUACAUCGGGUUUCAUGCACCUUCCAGGCAUUCACGGCCAAAGUGACACGAUCAGUCUCCCGACACGAUCCCCUUUCGCCCGAAUAAGUGUAUUUCUUUAAAUUAGUCGGAGUCACGCCUUUAUUAAAGGAUCUUUACAAAAGAAACGUGCAUUUGCCGAUCACGGUCCAUACAUCUUUACCUGCUGCGCUUUAAAAGUAGUCUCACUUUACCGAGGCGUGGGUGGCUGCGUCGUCCGGAAGGGAGACCGAUCGUUGGGCUGCUGAUAGCAUGGCGAGUCCCUUUAGAGCCAGCCAACUCCUGGGUCCCCUGUUUUUCUUUAGCAAAGGCAUUUGAAAGAUCAGAACGUGUCCACAGCUCAUAUUCUAAUGACAUUUAUUGAUAUUAACACAUUUUAAAUUCCUUCCAGCCAUAGUCUAUAAGUUCCAUUUCCAUCAUCGGUCCCCAUCCGCGUCGGUGGGGUUAUAAUUUCCUCAUAUAAAUUGUCCUUUUCUUAAAUCCCAGAGAUGCUGGUUGCAACAUCUUCUUUAAGUUGUCGAUUAGUGAUGUUUUGUAUUCAUUUAGAGGGAACAGAGCGCAGAGAUAGGGGUUCUCAAGUAUUUUUACGCCCUGAUGGCUGUUUUUUUGAGGUAGGUAGAUAGACUUGGCUCGGAUUGGGACGCGACAGUGACAGGGGGGACAUCGAUCGCACGGGAGGAAAAAAAAAAAAAAAAACAAAACAUCAGGGCCAAGGGGCCAGUCUGUCUCCAACCCGGGUCCCUGUUAGGCUGGAUGAGAUGAGAUCCCUAUGUAGUGGUCGUCAUGGCAACUUGUGACUCUCCCCCUAUGGUGUCGUCACGGCAGCAGGAACAUGGUGGCCAGAGGCUGGACGCUGCUGCUGAGGACAACUCCGUCGUCGCUAUGGAGACCAGUGUCACCAACAGCAACAACGCCAACAACAACCAGUCGUCACCUGCCGCCAUUGGAGAGCCGGAGAAUGGCCUUGGACAGCCUGCUGUGAGCCCGUUGAGGUCCACUGCUACCCCCACCACUGUCAGUGCAACUACCGACCCUCUAACUGAACAGAGUCGGAGAGAAAGCUUUACUACCGGUAACAAAGGGAGUGUUACCGGGACUUUACCAGGAGUAGGAGGAGGAGCAGUUUUGGGUUCGGACUGUUCUGCCCCAGCCACAUCUCCCGUGGCGCCGGCAAAGGAGAUCCCCUGCAACGAAUGUUCUAAUUCCUUCUCCAGUUUACAAAAAUACAUGGAGCACCACUGCCCCAAUGCCCGCCUGCCCACCACUGGAGGUCAUGAGGAGGGUGAGGAGGUUGAAGGGAUGGUAGGGGAGGAGAGUGAAGAUGAAGGAGAGCGUGAGGUGGGUGCUGCAGAAAUGGGGGAGAUGAACAGCGAGGUGGAGAUGGAAGAGGAUAGUGAUGUGGAGAACCUGUGUGGCGAGAUCAUCUACCAGCCCGAUGGCUCUGCCUUCAUCCUGGAGGACUCCAAAGAGCAGCGUGGCAACCAGGGGGGGCUCUCUGGGGCUCUCCAAUUCAGGGGCCUGCUGUCCCCCCAGACCUUCCCCAGUGUCCAGGCCAGCAGUGGCCAGAGUGGCCUGAGCCCAGGGGGGGAGCGGUUGGAGCAGCCCGCUGCACCCAUGUCCUUCUACCCCCAGAUCAUCAACACCUUCCACAUCGCCUCAUCCCUGGGGAGUAAAUCCCUAGCGGCUGACCACCCCUCCUUCCCAAAUACCUCAGCUGGAGGGAUGGCAGGCGCUGGUCCUGUGUUGCACAGUUUCCGUGUCUAUGACCUCCGCCACAAGAAUGACAAAGACUAUCUGACAGCGGAUGGUGCAGCCAAAAACUCCUGUGUGUCCAAAGAUGUCCCCAACAAUGUGGACUUGUCCAAGUUUGAGGGCUGCGUGGCCGAUGGGCGGCGGAAGCCUGUGCUGAUGUGUUUCCUGUGCAAGCUGUCUUUUGGCUAUAGCCGUUCCUUCGUGACACAUGCUGUCCAUGACCACCGUAUGACCCUGAAUGAGCAGGAGCAGAAGCUGCUGAGCAACAAGCAUGUCUCUGCCAUCAUCCAGGGCAUCGGCAAGGACAAAGAACCUCUUAUAAGCUUUCUGGAACCAAAAAAACUCCCCAACUCUGUGCUACCCCACUUUCCCACACCUGCCAACUUCCUAGGGCCAGACACGGGGCUCCGUGGAUUGUGGAAUGCUUUCCACAGUAGUGGGGAGAAUGCAGAUUCCCUUCAGGCAGGAUUUGCCUUCCUGAAGGGCAGUGCCAGCAGCUCCUCCAAUGACCAAACCCCCAGAACCCAAACCAUGCCAAAGGCUGAGACCAACCCAAACCUCGGGGGAGGGGCUGGUGCCCACAGAACCCCCAGCGGGAGUUCUGCUGCUGCUGCCACUGGUGGUAACCUGGAAGGUCAGAACUCUGAUAGUGACUGCAAAGGCCACGUUAGGGACACAUGCACUUUGCAACCCAAUGGGCCAGACCUGAGCCAGUACCCGCCCAUCAAGCGGGAGCCCAGGGCAGUGGGAGGAGAAAGUCCAGAGCAGGAUGAGGAUGAUUACUCCAAUGGUGGUGGAGUAGAAAUGGAGGCAGAUGAGGAGGAGGAACAGGCCAUUAAUAUGGCGAUGACAGGCCAGCGGGCCAGCAGCACCAGUAGCAAAGAUUUCCCUCUCUUAAACCAAAGUAUUUCCCCCCUUUCCAACAGUGUGCUAAAGUUUAACAGUGACAGCAAAGGCCCUGCAUCCACCUCCUCUUCCUCCCUGCCUGUGUGUGAGAAGUUGGAGAUGGAGAAGAGCCGCCUGUCCACUGCCCUGGCAGCUGCCAGAGAGCGGGAGAGCAGCAACGACUCAACCAGUGAAGCCCUGGCAGGACGGGAUGGGUCAUCGCCAUCCUCCCACCCCCUUGACAUGAUGAUGUUGCGCAGAGAUGAUGAGAGUCCUGGACCUCUGCAUCAACACACAGGAAACCCAAGUACACCUGGAACUCCAGGGACGCCUGGUACGCCUGGUCCAGGUGAAGGGUCCCCAGGUAGUGGGGUGGAGUGCCCCAAGUGUGACACGGUUUUGGGAUCCUCACGGUCUCUGGGAGGGCAUAUGACGAUGAUGCAUUCACGUAACUCCUGCAAGACGCUGAAGUGUCCCAAGUGUAACUGGCACUACAAGUACCAGCAGACACUGGACGCCCACAUGAAGGAGAAACAUCCAGAGUCUGGUGGAUCAUGUGUGUACUGCCGCACAGGACAGCCUCACCCUCGUUUAGCCAGAGGCGAAAGCUAUACGUGUGGAUACAAGCCUUUCCGCUGUGAGGUAUGCAACUACUCAACCACCACCAAAGGCAACCUUAGCAUCCACAUGCAGUCAGACAAGCAUCUGAACAACGUACAAACACUCCAGAAUGGUGGCAGUGAGGCACAAUACAACCACAACCAUGCCAACCCUGUGCCCAGUGCCAGCCUUGGUGGAGGCUGCGGUGCACCCUCACCAUCCAAACCCAAACAGAAGCCCACUUGGCGCUGUGAGGUGUGUGACUAUGAGACCAAUGUGGCGCGGAACUUGCGAAUCCAUAUGACCAGUGAGAAACACAUGCACAACAUGAUGCUGCUGCAGCAGAACAUGAAGCAGAUCCAACACAGCCUCCAUCUGGGCCUGGCCCCAGCCGAGGCAGAGCUUUACCAGUACUACCUGGCUCAAAACAUGGGUCUGGCAGGUGUAAAACUGGAGAAUCCAGCCAGCGGCAGCGGCCCAGAUGCCCAGAUGAUGAUUAACCCAUUCCAGCUAGAUCCUGCAACCGCGGCUGCUCUUGGAUCUGGUCUAGUGAAUAGUGACCUAUCAGCUGAGUUGCGUCUUGCCAGUGGUCAACUGAUGGCAGACGACCUAUCCCUGGUGUCUUCGGGUGGAAUGGGGGGCAUGUCCUCAUCGGACCCCUCCCUGUCCUCCUUGUCGCCACCUAUCAACGACCCCUCACUGCGCCUCUACCAGUGUGCCGUGUGCAACUGCUACUCCACGGACAGUCUGGAGGCUCUCAAUGCCCACGUCAAUGCCGAGCGCUCUUUGCCCGAAGAAGAGUGGCGUGGCGUGGUGGGUGACGUCUACCAGUGCAAGCUCUGCAGCUACAACACGCAGCUUAAGGCCAACUUUCAGCUGCACUGCAAGACAGACAAGCACAUGCAGAAGCACCAGCUGGUGGCCCACAUCAAGGAGGGAGGCAAGGCCAACCAGUGGAGAUUAAAGUGUGUGGCCAUUGGCAACCCAGUGCACCUCAAGUGCAACGCCUGUGACUACUACAGCAACAGCGUGGAUAAACUGAGGCUACAUGCCACCAACCAGAGGCAUGAGGCUGCCAUCCGCCUCUACAAGCACUUGCAGAAGCUGGACAGCGCGUACAGCCCGGAGUCAUGCGUCUACUACUGCACGCUGUGCGACUACUCCACCAAGGCCCGCCUCAACCUGGUGCAGCACGCUCGCUCAGCUCGCCACCAGCAGAACGAAGGACUGAGGAAACUCCAGCUGCACCAGCAAGGCCUGGUAGGAGACGAGGAUGGACUGAGCCUACACGAGCUGUUCCACGUCAAGGAGUGCCUCUCCAGCCAAGAAGAAACUGCUGAGGAUGGUGAGAGACCUCCUCGCUCUUCCUCCAGACAUGGACUCAACCUCACUGACCGAGACUUGACUGACAGCAGGAGAACUGACCGCAUUACCUCGGAUAGAAAAAAGAUCACAAGAAAGAGAGGGGAAAGAAGAAACUGUUUAUUCGCUGGAGUGAAUGCCAUAUCCAAAGAGGUUACCGGACCGAAUGCUAUGGCUAAACAUUCCCUCUUGCCAGAUCGACAAAUUGAAAGCCCAUCUAAAAGGCCAAAGUCUGCUGAGGGGAAGACCUCUGCCAAUGAGCAGAUUCAGCAGUGUCCAUACUGCAACUACAGCAGUAAAGAUGCCAACCGUAUGCAGCUCCAUGUGAUGUCCCAGCAUUCCAUGCAGCCAGUGAUCCGCUGCCCACUGUGCCAGGAUGUCCUGAGCAACAAGAUUCACCUGCAGCUGCAUCUCACACACCUUCACAGUGUGGCUCCGGACUGCGUGGAAAAGCUGAUUCUGACUGUUGUUGGACCUGACACAGCAACACCAAAUAAUAUAAUGCAUCCCCAAACUGGACAAGACAAAGGUCUAUCUCUAAUGGAUUCCUCUACCUCUCUUACUGAUGGGUCUGGAAAAUCUCAAGGAAACAUCUCAAAGGAUGAGUUGACCAGUCAAGACAAGAAUGAAUUGGAUCUGCAGGGUGAGGAACUCAAACCCCCUAAGGAGGCCUCAGAGGCCCCAGACUGGAAGAGGGCCAGUGGGUUAGGACAUGAUAGCAAGUCCCCUGAUACCCUACAGGACCAUCUCAGUGAGCUCCAAAGGCUCCAGCAGCAACAACAGCAGCUCUCAGUAUCUGAUCGCCAUGUCUACAAGUAUCGUUGCAACCACUGCAGCCUGGCCUUCAAGACAAUGCAGAAGCUUCAGAUACAUUCCCAGUACCAUGCUAUCAGAGCAGCCACUAUGUGCAGCCUUUGCCAGCGCAGCUUCAGAACAUUCCUGGCCCUCAGGAAGCAUUUGGAAAAUGGACAUCCUGAACUUAGUGAAGCUGAAGUGCAGCAACUCAUAGGCAAUCUCCCAAUGAAUGGAGAUAUCACUGAGAGUGAGGCCAGGGCUUUGGAGGAAGCUCAGGCCUUUGAACAUGACUUGGACAAAGAUGAUGAAAUUGACCAGGAAGAGAAGCCCAGUCCUACAGGAAGUGACAGUAGCUCUCUGCUUGAUGACAUGGGAGCAGAACCAAAACGUACCCUACCAUUUAGAAAAGGGCCCAACUUUACAAUGGAGAAAUUUUUGGACCCUUCACGGCCUUACAAGUGCACAGUAUGUAAAGAGUCUUUCACCCAGAAGAACAUACUACUAGUCCACUAUAAUUCAGUUUCCCACUUGCAUAAGUUGAAGAAGGUCCUUCAAGAGGCAUCAAGCCCAGUUCCACAAGAGACAAGCAACAGCACUGACAACAAACCAUUCAAAUGCAAUAUUUGCAAUGUUGCCUACAGCCAAAGUUCAACACUUGAAAUUCACAUGAGGUCAGUACUCCACCAGACCAAAGCAAGAACAGCCAAAACUGAAAUGAGCAGCAGCAGCAGCAGCAGCAGUAUCUCUGGCACCAGUGGUCCAGUACCUGCAAAAAGUCCAGCACCAAGCACACAAGGGAACAACAGCAACUUAGAUACUGCUAGAAGUGGAACACCCUCUGCCAACAAAGAACACACUGUGGAACCCAAAGAAGCUAACAGUGGCAACAAUACAAAACAAACAACUACUGACCAUGUUUCAGCACAGGCAAGCAGCCACCAGUCAGCGCAGUCUUCAGCCCAACUGCAGCUGCAGCUUCAACAUGAACUCCAGCAACAAGCUGCCUUCUUCCAGCCUCAGUUCCUUAAUCCAGCUUUUUUUCCCCAUUUUCCAAUGACCCCAGAAGCACUGCUACAAUUUCAACAGCCACAGUUCCUCUUCCCCUUCUACAUCCCAGGAGCUGAGUUCAACCUUAGCCCAGAACUUGCACUGCACUCAGCAGCAGCUUUUGGAAUGCCCGGCCUUACUGGAUCAUUCCUAGAGGAUCUGAAGCAGCAGAUGCAACAGCAGCACCAGCUGCAGCAGGCUCAGGCACAGCAACAGGCUCAGCAGCAACAGCAGCAGCAAGCCACUCAGACACAGUCACAAAUUCAGCAACAGAAAAACCAGCAGCUGCAGAAUCACAAACCUAAAAUGGAGUCCAGCACUGUGUCAGUUUCAGAGAUUCAGAUGUCAAGAGAGGCAGAGGACCAUCUAGAGAAACAAGAAAACAGAGCAAAGAUGGAAAAUGGAGGUGAUGCGUUAAGUGAUGGAGGAAAAGACAACAAAGACCCUAAAAAGUCAAAGUUCCCAGAGCCAUUGAUUCCCCCUCCACGUAUUGUGUCAGGAGCAAGGGGCAAUGCAGCCAAAGCACUGCUAGAGAACUUUGGAUUUGAAUUAGUCAUCCAGUACAAUGAAAACAGACAAAAAAAUCAAAAAAAGAACAAAGAUGGAGUUGAACAAGUGGAAAUGAACACUGAUAAGCUUGAGUGUGGAAUGUGUGGAAAGCUCUUCUCCAACAUGCUCAUUCUCAAAAGCCACCAGGAACAUGUGCACAGCCACUUUUUCCCGUAUGUGGAGCUUGAAAAGUUUGCCCAGCAGUACAGAGAGGCCUAUGAUAAACUCUAUCCAAUAAACCCUGCUUCACCUGAGACUCCACCACCGCCGCCGCCACCACCACCUCCUCCUCCGCCACCUCCAGCUCCAGCUCCAGUGACAGCUCCUCAGCCUCCUUCUACAUCAAUGAGCAAGCCCCAAACUCCAGUACCUUCACCAGUUCCUGUUCCCCAUCAGACCCCACACCAACCCUCUCACCAGGCACCACCACCCCAGCCACCACCCCCUCCUCCACCAUCAACUGCCCCUCCUGCACCCCCACAAGUGCAGCUCCCUGUUCCCUUGGAUCUGCCCCUUUUCCCACCCCUGAUGAUGCAGUCCGUCCAGCACCCAGGUUUGCCCCCUCAGCUGGCCCUCCAGCUGCCCACUAUGGACUCUCUUCCCACAGAUCUUACACAGCUCUGUCAGCAACAACUGGGUCUUGAUCCAAACUUCCUUCGCCAGUCACAAUUUAAGCGACCUCGCACUCGUAUCACUGAUGACCAGCUUAAGAUCCUCCGUGCAAACUUUGACAUCAACAAUUCCCCCAAUGAAGAGCAAAUCCAGGAGAUGUCAGAGAAGUCUGGCUUGCCCCAAAAAGUCAUAAAGCACUGGUUCCGUAACACCCUCUUCAAAGAGAGGCAGCGGAGUAAAGACUCUCCCUACAAUUUUAAUAUUCCUCCCAUUACUACAUUGGAGGAUAUUCGAAUGGAGCCCCAGCUCAGUGCAGCUGAAUACUACAGAAAUGACUCAGCCAUGAACAAGAGGUCCUCGAGGACCAGAUUCACUGAUUACCAGUUAAGAGUACUUCAAGAUUUCUUUGACACUAAUGCUUAUCCAAAGGAUGAUGAGAUUGAACAGCUCUCCACCGUGCUCAACCUACCAACCCGAGUCAUUGUGGUGUGGUUCCAGAAUGCCCGCCAGAAAGCUCGCAAGAGCUAUGAGAACCAAGCAGAUUCUAAAGACAGUGAGAAAAAAGAGUUGACCAAUGAGCGAUACAUCAGAACCAACAACAUGCAGUACCAGUGUAAAAAGUGCAACAUUGUGUUCCCACGCAUCUUUGAUCUUAUUACUCACCAGAAAAAGCAGUGUUACAAGGAUGAAGAUGAGGAAGGUAAUGAGGACCUUGCCUGUGAGGAAUACACAGAUUGUGGUGAGCAAGGUCCAACUAAGACUCCCCAAGUACCAUUUGAGCCACCUAAGCAGUCUCAAACAGGAACUGCUACCAGCUCUGGCUCUAGCUCCCCUGUGAUGGCCUCUCCUCGUGCCAGCAUGGGGAAAACAUCCCCCAAGCCAGACACUGGCCCUGAAACUGACCUUAAACAAACUGAGACUGCCCCCUCACCAGUGAUCAAGUCACUUCCAGAACCCAGACCAUCUAAGGCUUGCACACCUCAGCCACCUCCUCAGAAAGCUCCUCAACCUCAAAUGUCAAGACCCCAUUCCCAGCCACAGGCAGCUGCAGUGCCCUCAAGUCCACUCUCCCUGGCCCUUUCCUCACUCACAAACAGCCUCCCCCACCAGAUGCUUCAGUACCAGUGUGACCAGUGUAAGAUUGCAUUCCCCACUGUGGAGCUAUGGCAGGAGCACCAGCAUAUGCAUUUCUUGGCUGCCCAAAACCAAUUCCUUCACUCUCAGUUUCUUGAAAGACCUAUUGAUAUGCCCUAUAUGAUAUUUGAUCCCAACAACCCCCUAAUGGCUAGCCAGCUGUUAUCUGGAGGCCUUUCCCAAAUCCCCUCUCAGAGUAGCUCCGGUUUGGCUUCUGCAGCAGGCUCUGGAGCAAUGAAGAGGAAACUGGAUGACAAGGACGAAAGCGCUAAUGAUAAAGAUGGUGGGAACAGCAGUGAAGAGCAACACAGAGAUAAACGUUUGAGAACCACCAUUACACCAGAACAACUGGAGAUUCUCUAUGACAAAUACCUUCUUGACUCUAACCCAACAAGGAAGAUGUUGGACCACAUUGCACGAGAGGUUGGCUUGAAAAAGAGAGUUGUGCAAGUUUGGUUCCAAAACACUCGUGCAAGGGAGAGAAAGGGGCAGUUUAGGGCUAUAGGGCCCUCCCAGUCCCACAAGAAAUGUCCCUUUUGUAGAGCACUGUUCAAGGCUAAAUCUGCUCUAGAUAGCCACAUACGAUCCAGACACUGGCAUGAGGCUAAGCAGGCAGGCUUUAGUUUGCCACCAAGCCCAAUGAUGAAUCAAGACAAUGAAAGAGGAGAAAGUCCAAAUAAGUAUAAUUUCUUUGACUACCCACAGCUGCCUACAAAGACUGAGCCAAAUGAGUAUGAGCUGCCUGCUGCAUCCUCAACUCCACUCAAACCAUCUGAGGCACAAGUAAAAAACUUCUUAAGCCCUUCAUCCUUAAAAGCUGAAAACUGUGAUGAAACUGAAGGGCCUAAUAUUAAUUCAGCAGAAGCAUCAUCUUAUGAUCUCACUAAGAUGGACUUCGAUGAGACAUCAUCAAUUAAUACAGCCAUUAGUGAUGCUACAACUGGAGAUGAGGGUAAUAAUAAUGAGGUUGAGAGCCUCACUGCCAAUGGAGGUGACAAGCUGAGUGACAACAAGAGUGGCCUGGUUCCAAAUUCUGACGGUGGCAAUGAACGGUUCCAAUUCAGCAUGGUGAGCCCUGCCCUCAGCUUCUCUGGAAGAGACUGUGACUCUUAUUUUAGCUCCAGAGAUGAUGAUAUGGAUGAAAAUAAUGACAGGAGUGAAUCAUCAAGUCUAGCUGAUCCUAGUUCCCCUAGUCCCUUUGGGACAAGUAACCCCUUCAAGCCUGGAAAAGGCAGCAAUGCUGGGGACAGGCCAGGCCACAAGAGAUUCAGGACUCAGAUGAGUAACCUCCAACUUAAAGUCCUCAAAGCCUGUUUCAGUGACUACCGCACUCCUACAAUGCAAGAGUGUGAGAUGCUGGGCAAUGAGAUUGGACUCCCCAAGCGCGUAGUCCAGGUGUGGUUCCAAAAUGCCCGUGCUAAAGAAAAGAAGUUCAAGAUUAACAUUGGAAAGCCAUUCAUGAUAAGUCAAGGCUCACCAGAGGGUCCCAGGCCUGAGUGUACUUUGUGUGGUGUGAAGUACACUGCCCGAAUGUCCGUCCGAGACCACAUUUUCUCCAAACAGCACAUCACCAAAGUGCAAGAAACCCUGGGAAACCAGGUGGAUAGAGAAAAGGACUACCUAGCACCAACCACUGUCCGUCAGCUGAUGGCCCAGCAAGAGCUGGACCGCAUGAAGAAAGCUGGUGAGGGACUCAGCCUGCCCAGCCAGCAGCAACAGACUGCAGUGGAUAACAAUAAUGCACUUCAUGGUCUCAGCCUACCCUCAGGCUACCCAGGGUUAUCUGGCCUUCCGCCAGUGCUACUUCCUGGGGUCAAUGGGCCAUCAUCACUUCCUGUUUUUCCACCCAACACACCUGCUUUAGCGUCUCCCGGUGCUGGCAUGCUUGGGUUCCCUACACCAGCCACCCCCUCUCCUGCCAUGUCUCUCAGCACUACCCCAACCAAGACACUUCUGCAGACUCCUCCUCCUCCUCCUCCACCUCUUCCUCCUCCUCCUGUUCCCUCCACACCUUUGGCAGCAGUAAAUCAUACAGAGCAGCAAGGCAAAGACUCAGAGAGAGACAGCAGCAAGAAACCAGGGGACAAGCCACCUCAGAUGAAGGUGAAGGAACGAGAGAACGAGAGCGGCUCACGCCCUGAGACCCCCAGCAUGGCCAAGAAAAGGGAGAAACAAAGUCCAGCUACAGGAAAACCAGGAAAUGAGACUCUACUGGACGCCACACAGGUUCAGGCACUUCAGAAUGCUCUUGCAGCAGGUGAUCCCACCUCUUUCUUGGGGGGGCAGUUCCUGCCCUACUUUCUUCCUGGAUUUCCCAACUGCUUCUCUCCCCAGCUUCCUAGAGGGGUCCAAACAGGGGGGUACUUCCCACCACUGUGUGGAAUGGAGAACCUAUUUCCAUAUGGCCCAGCCGCAGUCCCACAAGCUGCCAUGGCAACUGGUCUCUCCCCAACCGCUCUCCUGCAGCAGUACCAGCAGUACCAGCAGUCCCUCCAGGAUUCACUGCAGAAGCAACAGCAGCAGCAGCAGAAACAACUUGAGCAGCAGCAGAAACAGCAGCAGCAGCAACAGAAACCAACCCCUGUGAAGACAACCCAGAGCAUACAGAGCACCACCACCAACUCGUUCAAACCAAAAGAUAAUAUAGAUGCUAAGGAUGACACCAACAAAGGCUCUUCAACAGAAAGCACAAAAGAAGAACCCAAAACAGAUACCAAAAGUACCAUGGAUUUUCCAGACGCUUUUAUUGUACCGUCCGUCAAGCAUGAGUUUAUAUGCAGGAAGUGCCAGAUGAUUUUUGCUGACGAAGAUUCAGUGGUGCGUCAUCAGAAGUCCUUCUGUUACUUCGGACAUGCUUUUACUGACCCGCAAGAGACAGUGCUUCGAAAGGCAGUGAGCAACUACACUUGUGUUGCCUGCAAUGUGGUUGUUAACGGGAAUGAAGCACUUGGCCAACACCUUCAGUCGAGCUUGCACAAAGAGAAAACAAUCAAACAAGCAAUGAGAAAUGCCAAAGAGCAUACUAGAUUAUUACCUCACUCUGUCUGCUCCCCUACUCCUAACACCACAUCUACCUCGCAGUCUGCAGCUUCUUCUAAUAACACCUUUCCUCAUCUCUCUCGCUUGUCCAUGAAGUCCUGGCCAAAUGUCCUGUUCCAGGCCACCACAGCCCGGAAAGCUGCUUCCUCCUCCCCGUCUGCCUCUCCUCCUCCCCCCCUCUCCUCACCUUCAACGGUUACCUCAACUUCCUGCAGCACCUCAGGGGUUCCAACCUCACUACCCACCGAGAGUUGUUCAGAUGAGUCUGACAAUGAGCUAAGCCAGAAGCUGGAUGAUUUAGAUAACGCGUUGGAAGUCAAGGCUAAGCCGGCCUCUGGCCUAGACGCGAGCUUCAGUAGUAUCAGAAUGGAUAUGUUCAGUGUGUAGGAGUGACAAAAGGAUCCCUUGCUUAAAGAAAAAAAUAAGACUUUUUAAACUGCAGUUCCAAAGUCUCUCUUAACCCAAAAAAUUACAGUACCAAAUGAUUGACUCAGGAUUGUUUUUCCCAUAUUGAUAUGCUGGCAAGAUAUUGAUUGAUUUUUGUUAUGGACAGAACUGUUGCAGAUGCUUGACUGAGCUUAUAUUGUAUACAAAAACAUGGAGUAGGAAAAAAUCCCACAGGCUCCCUUGGGGGGCUUGUUUCAAGCCAAAAACUCUCACGAUAGCAAAUUGCACCUCAGCUGGAUUGUUUUCCAAAUGCUAGCAUGUACUGUAUGGGAUGACGAUCCAGAACCCUCAAAGAGAAUCUCUCUUAGUUUAGAUAGGUGUAAUUCAGUAGCUUUAAAUUCUCAGGUCAGAACAUAACAUUUCUCAUUUGUUAAAGCAGCAACAAGCCUGGGUACACUUGGCUUAUAACCAAAACAUGUCAAGCUUUAUCGGACGCAUUUCCUUGAUGUGUAUAGAGUACCAAGAGACAAUAUUACUGUUACAAUGGACGAUGUGCAUAUCCUUUUAGUUUUGCCCUACAAAGACAGUAUGGUUUUGCCACUGAGGGAAUUUAGAAUGGUGAAGUAAAUGUGUAUGAUGCCCCUGUGUUUGCCAGUUUGUACUACAACAAGCUGUAUCUAUUUCCCACCCCCUUUUUUCCUUUUUUUCUUGUAGUAUAUACUAAUCUGUGCCAACUCUUACCUUCUCACUUUUACCUCUGCUCACACCCUUUUCUGAAGAGGUAAUAACUCUAGUUUUGAUAGACUCUCGGAUUAUGUGAAUACAACAUUUUUCAUUUGUGAAUUGCUGUACUGUUACGGUACCUGCUUGUGUCUGGACUAUAGUGCACUUAUUUUGUUUUUGUUUGUCUUUUUAUUAUUUGAGUAGGCCAUUUGUUAAUUUAAUAGAAUUUUUUCCGUUUGUAUGUAUGUAUGUUUGUAUUUUAAUUAUUAUUUGUGUCUAUUGCAGCAGCAUAUUGGUCCAUAUUUGUUACAGGAUUGAUGCCUAACAAUCUAGAGACCUAUUUAAGAAUUGGUGCAUCCAUGAAAGCAGUACUGUAUACUUGAAACUGUUAAGGUACAAGUUGGUCACAAUGUUAAAAAAGGUAUGAUCAUUUGCUAUACGUUUGCAAAUAUGCUGCUUUAAAAGGGGGACAACAGCAUUUGUGUUGUAUAUUAAAAACAUUUUCAUGUACUUGUAGGACUUAAAAACAGUGUUACACCUAUACGCAGCCAUUUAUUGCAUAGGUUGACGUCCUCCCAUCAAUUCUCUGGGCACUUCUGAUGAUCUACAGUUAAAGUCAACGUUUUAAUUUUUCCACAUUUAGUGAUUUCAACAUUGCAAAGUAUUACCUUACAAAGUUUGCUGCUACUGUGUAAUGUUAUUUUGCUUGCCAUAAAUUCUCUCAACUUUCUACCAGACAAAAUACUGAUCCAUUAAUUGCUUUGCUUUGCUACUUUUUAUUUUAUGUUAUUUUGUUAUUUUGCUGUGGAACUAAGAAUGUGAAAGCUGUCAAAGGGUGUUCAAUUUUUUACGAAUCACUUUAUAGUUUGGUAAUUGAAACCAAUGUGAUUCAUUCCAAAGUAACAGAAGGCUAUUUGUAUGAAAGAAAAAGGCUUGUGAACAAAGAAAGCUAAGCUGUUGUACAUAUUCGUAGUUGGCUGUGCAUGGUACAAAUUUAUUAAUAUGAAGAAAUGCAAAAAUGUAUUGCUUUUGGUAUUUCCUAUUCUGAGAUGAGCAAGUAGCAUGUAAUGCAACUGUUUGACAGGUUAAAUCAAAUCAUGCUUAGUUAUUGUUUCAAACAAUGAAAUCAAGUAACAUUUCCUUUAUGUUUUAUUAUUGUAAAGGUGUUUGUUUUUUUUUCAAAGUUUUAAAGCAAAAUGUCAGUUUUUAAUUUUCUGCGUGAGCUUUUUAAAUGUCAUUUUUUGGAUUUUUAGUAUUUUAACAUUUACUUUAAUCCUGAAGACACUUUUCGAUUGUGUUUCAUAAGAGACAUCCUGGCCUCCCAAGGUGCAAUUCUGCCAUUGUACAAACAUGAGCGACUGUCCUGAUUCCAAAGGCUUUCACAACUCUGGCUUUUUGCCUUUCCCCACUCUGUGGCUCAGCAUUAUAAGACUGAACUGUCAGCUAGCAUCAUGUGCUAAGAUGUUAGCAUCAGACAGGACGCUUUCCACACCAAGGACUGGUAAAAGCUAACAAACCAACAAAAAGGAUGGUCCAACAAUAUAACUGUACAUAGAUAUUGCAACUGCACAGCAGCCAAAAAGAAAAAAAAAGAACUUUUUAAAAACAAAUGGAUGGAUUGUGUCAUGUUUAUGGGGACAGCCUUCAAAAGGUUGAAAUUGGAAUUGUUCUUCUGGAUGUCAAAGGGAUUUUCAUGGCGCAAUCAUAUCCUACACAAUAUGUACUCUUCAACAUCUGGGUUACAUAGGAAAUGCACCCUGAGGUUUUAAUAAGAAGAAGCCCCUAUGGCUAAAACUUUAAAUAAACUAAACCAAAAAUGUUAUUGAUGUUUUAUAUAUAGAGAGUAGUCGCAUUAGUUUUUGUUACUGUACUGUUUGAGGUCUCAACUGUACCGUAUCACGGUAAUAACAUGGUUUUGAAACCGUUUUUUUAUUUUGUCACAGACCUGUUGUCAUAGUUGAAAUGACGUUUAUUGUAGAUGGUAUUUGAACAACUUCUGGAAAUAGUUCAUCAAGUAUGUUUGUUGCUCAUUGUUGUGAUACAUUAAAAACUGUAUCUGCAAACCA